UUUAUCUUAGUGUGAAGAACAUUUUUAUAAUCUGAACAGCCUUUUCCACUGUAAAGCACCUUUUGUGGCAUGAAAAGGUUGCAUGGAUGGUAAAGGUUCUGUGUGGAACCACUGAUGCCAGUAGAGUGUUGUCGUUAGGAUGUAUCUGAAUGAAAUGGUCGGGUUAAAGGGCUUUUGUGCUUUAACGACUCUACCAUCAAGUUGGUGAGAAUUUCCUGGCCACAUGGGGCAUUUGUUUACUGCUGUCUUGUAGAGUGUGUGUGUUUGUGUGAGAGUGUGUGUGGUGCACCAGCUCUUGAAACCGUGCCUUCCAAUCAGCUUCAUCCUGCACAGGCGUCACUUCCUUCCCAAUGGCUACUGCAGUCAAUCUGUGCAUUCAUCAAAGCCUGUGUCUGCCUUUGUCCUAUCCGGAUCCCCACUGCUAAAAUCCCACCUCCUCCCCGCUGACCCUCCCAUCCCCCUUCCCACACACCCGUGCCACAUGAGGCCCUGCAGUGUGACUCAGUGGACAAACUUACACCAGUCUGAGAGUCUGGGCCAGGCUUUCCCAAGCCACACACCUCAGUUUGCCAGCGCAAGAGACACACAGGGUUAGGCUUUGCCAUUCCGUAAAGAUAUCCCUGCCAUGGCGAAUUCCCUGAAGGCAAAUGUAACACUGAAAGCAAAGAAGGAGAUCAGAGAAGAGAAAGAGGGAGCUAAAGAAAUGGAUGACACCUUGGAUAAGCCUGCAGAGGAGGAAGAGGAUGAAGAGGAGAGGAAGGCCCGGGCCGCCGCGAGAGAGAGAGCCGCUCAGAGGCAGCUCAUGACCAUAGAGGAGCUGGUGCAGACUGAGAGGAACUACCUGAAACAUCUGCACCUCUGUACGGUCACCAUCCACAGCAACCUGCAGAAACUACAGCCUCCUCCUCCAAACCUGGAGAACAUGUUCCAGCACAUAGAUGAAGUGAUGGAUGUUUCCAGCAGACUCCUGAGCCUCCUCGACCAGACACAGAUUCAUCACAGUGAUCCGAAAUACCUGGAAACUCUCUGUGAUUCCUUCCUGAGUCUGUCUCAAGAUAUAGAGAUGGCUUAUAAAGAGUAUCUUGCCAACUACAACAACAUAACCGCUCUAGAGAACAGCUACAAACAGAAAGAAGUGCUGUGGGUGGAAAUGGUCCGAAUCGUCAAAUCAUCUGCUCCUGAUGUGAAUGCAUCCACUCUGAGCUUCUUCCUGGUGAUGCCGGUUCAGAGAAUCGCCCGUUACCCACUGCUGCUGCAGACCAUUCAGAAACACACAGACCCCGGGCACCCUGCGUACCCCUUACUGGAGCACACCGCUCACACUGCAGUCCAGAUCAACUGCAGGAUCAAUGAAUACAAACGCUUCCGUGAAGUCGCUGACAAAUACAAGAAGACAGAGAACCUGACCAUCAAGGACAAGAUCAAUCGGCUGAGUGGGCACAGUAUUGCCAAGAAGACGGCCCGGUUCAGCCAGUACAUAAAGCACGAGACAGGAAUGGUGCCUAAGUUGAAAGAUGAAGAAUUUGAUGCCCUUGCUGGCUUCUUCUUUGUCCUGGAGAGGGGCGUCUCAGAGCUUCACGAUAACCUGGAGGCCUAUCUCCACCAUCUGCAGAGGUUCCUCCACUGCAGACCAGAGGAAGCAGAUCUUGAUCUGGAAGGAGAGAAAACCGCCUUGUUCUCUAAAGAAAUCACGGUGGCACUCAGACAGUGGAUCUACCCCUCAUAUGAGGAGCGUUUGAAGACUUUAGUCUUUAAGCCCUUGAGCUCACUGCAGGAACUGAUGGCAGGACCACGUAACCUCAUCCGCAAACGUCAGGACAAGCUUCUGGACUAUGAGCUAAUCGAGGAGAAGAGUAACCUGAGCUUUGAGGAGCAAGCCAUAGCAAACACCUACAAGACCAUGAACACUCUCCUGCUGACCGAGCUGCCACAAUUCAACGGCAAAGCCCUGCAGAUCCUGUGGGCAUCACUAGAGUCCUUCAGCGCCCUUCAGAGAGACCUGGCGGCUGAUAUGGAGCAGCUGGCCACCAGCUUCACCCAUCAGCUCCCACACAGUUAUUUGGAGGACGGUGAGUUCUGGAAGUGGGCAGAGACUUCGGUGCUGGAGGGUUCAAGGAGGAUGGAGAGCCUGUGUCAGAGUGUUCAGGAUGAGCUCAAUGCUCCCAUUGUGCAGGCUCUCAAUACCGUGUGUGAGCAGCGUCUCAAGGCUCUGACCGCCAAACACGGCUCGGAGAAGAUUUACCAGCUGACAGGCCCUGUGGUGGGCACCCGUGACCUUGACCUGACCCUCAACAAGGGAGAGCUGGUAGCUGUCAUCAGUGAGAUGGACACGCGAGGAGACCGUCGCCGCUGGCUGGUGGAUGCAGGAGGCCCGAGGGGAUAUGUGCCUGCUUCAAAACUGGCACGUUACCACCAGAUCACCACUGACCCGCCGCAGUCUCCUCAUCUGAACGUCAUACCCAGCGGUCCAGGGCCACGGAGACACUCCUACACCCCCGGAGCCCAGCCGCUGCUGACCACAACUACGCCCUGUUUUCAGGUGUACGCGGGAUAUGACUUCACUGCGAGGAGCGCUCAUGAGGUUUCUCUGCGUGCCGGGGAGCAGGUUCUGGUGUUGGAGCAUCACGAUAAGCGUGGAAACAAGGACUGGAGUCUGGUGGAGGCGCGUGGCCAGAGAGGAUACGUCCCCUCUAACUACCUCGCCAUCCUCCCCUCGGUGAUCGCCUCACCCACCUUCCCUUACCGCUAGAAUAUCAUCAUCAUCUGCUGCUGAUACGACUCUU